AUGUGGAACCAGAGGGCAACCUACCUUCUCAACAAGGAGAAGUGGACGGCCGAAAGGGCCAAUUUGGAGGCCGAGAAGGUCAUAUUGAAGGCCAAGAAGGCCGAAUUGGAGGCAUUAAUGGCCAUCACCAAUGGUGAUGUGAAAGGCAUCCAAGCCACAGUGCAGCAGAUCCAGUCCAAUAUCAAGGACUCGCAGAACGUUGUCAUGGAGCACGAGUAG